UCCGCACACGCUCCAACCCCUCCGCCAUCUUCGCGGCGGCUGCUACAGCUGCGGCGACUCGGCCCCGCCGCGCGCAGCCAGGAAACCACGACGGACGGGCGGCGCGCGCUCACCCACUCCCACCCUUUUCCCCGCCCCCCUCCUGCCUGCCCUCCCCAAACGACGGUGGCCGCACUGGGAGCAAAAGCAUUCAGCACGUUCAACUAGGACCUUGCAGGAGGGGGCGAACUGGCCGCGGAGACGCCGUGUGCGCGUGCGCAGAGGUGUAAAGCUGGGAAGGUCCGCCGAGGCUCGGAGGUGGAGGCGCAGCGCUCUGGAAGCGAGUAUUUCCUAAAUGACCUUACACCCUUUGCCACACUGGUCCUGGGCCAAGAUGGGCCAAUCAAAGUCCUUACCCAGAAUUUUUUGAACUGAAAUUGAGAGAGAAUCCCUCUUCAGUAUGGAAGCCAUAAAUUGUAAAACACAGGAGCUGUCAGCAGCCAUGUGUCCUGCCGUACGGAGCCAGCUGGUCUGCUGUAAGAAGGAAGCCGCCGUGCCAGAGGCAGCAGAGAACCAUGUGUGCUCAGUACUGCAUCUCCUUUGCUGAUGUUGAAAAAGCUCAUAUCAACAUUCAAGACUCUAUCCACCUCACCCCAGUGCUAACAAGCUCCAUUUUGAAUCAAAUAGCAGGGCGCAAUCUUUUCUUCAAAUGUGAGCUCUUCCAGAAAACUGGGUCUUUUAAGAUUCGAGGUGCCCUUAAUGCCAUCAGAGGCUUAAUUCCUGACACACCAGCAGAGAAGCCCAAAGCCGUAGUUACUCACAGCAGCGGAAACCAUGGCCAAGCUCUCACCUAUGCUGCCAAACUGGAAGGAAUUCCUGCUUACAUUGUGGUUCCCCAAACAGCUCCCAACUGCAAGAAACUGGCAAUCCAAGCCUAUGGAGCAUCGAUAGUAUACAGUGACCCGAGUGACGAGUCCAGAGAAAAGGUCACUCAAAGAAUUAUGCAAGAAACCGAAGGCAUCUUGGUCCAUCCCAACCAGGAGCCUGCAGUGAUAGCUGGACAAGGAACAAUUGCCCUGGAAGUGCUGAACCAGGUUCCCUUGGUAGAUGCACUGGUGGUACCAGUAGGAGGAGGAGGAAUGGUUGCCGGAAUAGCCAUUACAAUUAAGGCCCUGAAACCUAGUGUGAAGGUAUACGCUGCUGAACCCUCGAAUGCAGAUGACUGCUACCAGUCUAAACUGAAAGGAGAACUGACCCCCAAUCUUCAUCCUCCAGAAACCAUAGCAGAUGGUGUCAAAUCCAGCAUUGGCUUAAAUACCUGGCCUAUUAUAAGAGACCUUGUGGAUGAUGUCUUCACUGUCACAGAAGAUGAAAUCAAGGUUCCGUGUUGCCAGGGUUCCGGCUCACCACCAUGUUCAAUACUGACAUCUGAGGACCAAACAAGAAAAAGCUUCACAUUCUAGGCAUACAACAGCCUAACCUGAAAAGCAAAGCAAGCAAACAUCAGUCACUCUAAGAACUGACCAUGCUACUUAACAAGUCAAAUGACAUCAAAUACCCACCAACUGACAUCAUGGUGCGUUUAGGCCUCAUUGGUGCUUCCGUGCACAUGUGUAAGCACUGUUCCAUAAAGAGCCCCCUCACCACCAUAUACCCCCCCCAGCCACAACCAUCCAAGCUUCUUCAACCUUUAUGCCAGCCUUCCCACUCCCAGUAUACAUGAUUAUAGGCUACGUAGAGAAGAGAUUUAUACAUGGGCAUAGACAUUUACAACUGCUAACCCCCAUUUGAUCUGAAAAACACAUUUAGAGAAGUCUCAGAACCACACAGACUACAUCAAAAAGAUGCUUCAGACAGGUUCAGACAUCUUGGGCAUAACCAUCAUUGACUUCUCUAUCUUAAUUCCUCAAUCAAAAAGGUAGGCUCUCAGCCCAAUGAGCAAAGUGUUGUACACUUGGGAAAGGUAUUUGUACCUCUCCAUUUCCCACAAAACACUGAUUUACCUUCUGU